AUGCCUCCAGAGAAGAGAAUUGCACCUUUUGUUCAGCCUCUACCAGUUCCUAUGAUUCCGGGAGGUCCAACUCGUCUGAUGGUUGAUUUAGAACGUCGAAAUGCUGAACUGAUUGCUGAGGUUGAUAGUCUGAAACGUGAAUUACAACGUGAGAAGGAACGCUACGAUGAUUUGAUGUCUCUUUUCCGUGCUACGCAAGCUAAUCAAACAGCUUCGAUUCAAACACGUCCUUCUGGAGCUUCUCAACCAGGUAUUCCAAGUAUGGGAGGACAACAGCAACAGCCUGGUGCAAUGCAACAAUGGGGAACAGGAGGUGGAGGAAAGGCUACUCCAAAUUAUAUGGGACCAUUUGACUGGACUGCUAAUUGA